CAAGAUACCAUGCGACCAAGAAUAAACGGGAACUAUGGGGGUGAUCUGUCUGGAGCAACGCUUUCCUGGAAGAGGAGGGUCUAUGGCUAGGGUCCCGGGCAAUGAACAGUUCAGUGGUCUAUGGUUGCGUUCACGUUGGAUAUUUACUGCGUAGUUCCUGGGCUGAUUUUAACAGUAAGAAGCUUGCUCAUUAAAAAUUUCUGGGCUCAUUUGAACGAGGGCACUACUUGUAAAAUGGCCAGCUCAGCAGCUAGUGGAUUUGUGGUCGUCACCCAGGUGUACCCUCAGCAAAGUGGUCCUACUGCACCAGCUUUCUGCACUACCUCACAUGUUUCCUCUGCGUUGGGAAAGUUUCUGAAAGGAGAUCCAAAGGCACUGGGGACAGUGCAAAUUAUGAUUGGAGUGCUGAACAUAUUAUUUGGCAUCACAAUGGCCGUCUAUGCUGACAGCAUUGGUGUUUACUCUGGGAUUGUUUUCUGGGGAGCGCUUAUUUACAUUUCCUCAGGAGCUCUGAGUGUUGCUGCGAACAACAAACUGAACAAAUGCCUGGUGAGAGGAGCACUUGGGAUGAACAUCAUCAGCACCAUCACUGCUGGCAUUGCAAUAAUCCUUUUCUCUCUGGACUUUGUUAUUAUGAUGAGAUAUUACUGCUCUGACAAUGAGGAGUCAUAUUCCUACUACAAUUGUCGAAGGCUUCAACGUACGCUUGAGACCAGGUCACAGGGGAUGACAGGAGUGCUGCUGGUUUUCUCCAUCCUGGAGUUCAUCAUCUCCAUCUGUGUUUCAGCAUUCGCCUGCAGAGCAGUGUGUGACUGCUCCACAGAGCAAGUGGUAUAUAUGGCACCCACAAGCAAUCAAGUUGCAUCAGAAAAUCUUCUCAGCACAGCACCAAAUACUUAUCAGACGACAAUUUCACCCAUUUUGGGCCAAACUGUGAUGGGCAGCAUGCAAACAGAGAAGCCUCCUCAAUAUGAUGAAGUCCUUCCUUGAAAGAGAUCAGUGGGCAUGUUUGUAUAGAUGUUUGUCUCUCUUUCAAUCCUACAAGACCUUCAAGACAAUAAAUAAUCUUCCUAUUUUCCAUAUAAAUAGCAGACAUAGAUUAGCUACUUUGUCUUUAUCACCUUUCAUAACAUUCCAUUAUACAUUUUUUUUUUUAUCAGCGGCAUCAUGUAUUUUACAAAAAAUCUUGUUAUGUAUAUUACCAAUUAUAUAAAGCAGGGCCUCCUUACAGUUAGGAUGGCUAAUAUGUAUUUUUGUAUUUUCGACACAACAUCUGUUCCUAUACUGAAAAGCUGCUUGGAGGAAACAGCUGUUUGGGUUACAGGUCAGAUAUUUUAGAGCCACAUGAGCCAGCGCUGGGUGUGUCAUUAGCCAACCACCUGUGUCUGUAUUGUUCUAACUCUUGAAUGGCCGUGUUUUUACUAUGUACUACUGCUACGCUGUUGGCCAGCGGCGACGUAUCCAGCAUAACAGCAUUGAUUUCUGUACCAGCAGCAACCUAAUCUCAUAAAGAUUAUGAAAUCACAAAUUGCAAAACGAUUUUCUUGAAAUAGGACACAACUGAAUAAAUUUCAGUGUUUGUAUUUCUAAAUUAUAACUGUUUUGUUAUAUAGGCUGAGGGGAAAUGCAUCGUGGCAUAUUACAGGAACACAAGACUAAUUGAACACCUAUGGGAGAUUUUGGACCGAUGUGUUAGACAGCACUCUCCACCACUAUCAUCAAAACACUAAAUGAGGGAAUUUCUAUUGAAAGAAUGGUUUUCUGUCCCUCCAGUGGAGUUCCAGAGACUUCGCUAUGCUAAACGUAGAAUCUAUGCUAAGGCGCAUUAAAGCUGCUCUGGCGGCUCAUGGUGGCCCAACACCUUACUUAGACACUUUAUUGUGGUUUUUCCUUUAAUUUGUCACCCGUCUGUUUAAAAUUAUAUAUGUGCAUUAUAUGACAUCCUGGCCUUUUCUGCAGGUAAAAGGAGCACUUGGAAUGAAUAUCAUCAGCAGCAUAACUGCUGGCCUUGCGAUAAUCCUGUUCUCAAUUCAUAUGCCUCCUACUCUUGCCAAAGGCUUUGGCAUAUUCUUGAGGUAAAACAGUCACAUUGUUAAUUUUUUACGUGAUCUAAGUAGGUGUAUCUGAAUAGUCUGGACAUCCAACAACUUAAUGUGUUAUAUGACUAUGACUCAGCUGAUGUCAUUAGGAGAGAACCCUUCUAAUUGAACUCAUUCUUGAUCACAUGGGCUGCAUAAAUGAAAUAAAGAUUUAGCUACUGACAAUCAUACUGAAAAUAUUUUAACAAGUCUUAAGUGUUUAUUAUGCAAAAGUCCAAGUCUGCAGAAUGUAAAUGUAGGAGUGAGUGAUUGACUGCUACUGAUCUGUUCUGUUUCCCUGUUGUUGGUUUUCUCCAACCUUGAGUUCAUCAUCUCCAUCUGCUCAAAUAAAGAAUAUCAACGUCU